GGCACAGCCGUCGCAUAGUCUCGAGCCGCGUAGUGACGAAUUCGCCCCCCGAGCGAGAACCACGGUCGGUCCCGUCCGUCGAUUCGUCGGCCGGAAGCUUGCAACUGCGAAGCUCGUUUCUGAAAAAAAAAAAAAAAGGAAAAAAAGAAAAACAGAGAGAGGAAAAUAAAAACAUGGGUUCGCUGAUCACUUUGAUACUAUUGGGCCUGGUUUCGUCGACUCUGGCCAGACCAGGAUUCCUCCAUGGACCUCUGAUAGCCACUUUGACGUCUGCCGCUGCUGUUGGGCCCGACGGUCGGGUGCUGGACACGCCAGAAGUCGCGGUGGCCAAAGCGGAACACGCGGCUGCUCAUUUUAAUGAGAGACUGAAACUAGCGGACGAAGCUGCCAGGUCGAACGCUGCUAAUUUGCAAGCUAUCGUCAACCAGAAUUCUAUCCUCGUGCCCAGUUUGCAGUUGCUACCUGGCGCACCUAUUGGGCCUGAUGGGAGAGUUGUAGAUACGCAGGAAGUUGCUGUCGCCAAGGCGGCUCAUGCUGCUGCGCAGGUCAAUGAGAGGAUCAAUUUGGCUAAUGAGGCUGCCAGAUCCGUCGCUGCGGACCUCAAUGGACAACUGCAACUAGUAACCAACGGGUUAAUCGCAACACCCCUGGCGGUGCAGACGACGGCAGCGACGGUCGGCCCGGACGGUAGAGUCCUGGACACGCCGGAAGUGGCCGCUGCCAAAGCGGCGCACGCGGCGGCCCAAUUGAACGAGCGCAUCAAUUUGGCGAACGAAGCUGCCAGAUCACAGGGUACGAUAACGGUGUCGGCUGCGCCUCUGGUGUCGACGAACGCGGUGGUGGUACCCGGCGCGCCGAUCGGCCCGGACGGAAGGGUGCAGGACACGCCGGAAGUAGCCGUGGCCAAGGCCGCUCACGCGAACGCGCACAUCAACGAAAAACUGAACCUGGCCACGGAGGCAGCUAAAUCCGCCGACGUGCUCGCCGUUGCCGGACCCGCCAUCGCUUAUGGAAGGCUUGUCUUGUAAUUAAUUAGUUCAACCGUCCGUCAUUGUUCAUCGCCAAUCGUCAGACUGCAGAUUUUUCUGCUGAAUAAAAACUUUCAGUCGAUCUUAAAAAAAU